UUUUUAGAAAUUCGUCAAGCUGAUUUUCUUAUUAUCAAUUGAAAAGGGGUCACGAUGUGUAUGUAUGUAUAUAUAUGUAUGUAUAUAGAUACACACAGACAUAUAGCUCGAUUGAUGUGUUGCAUGUGUCACGAGAUUAAAACUUUAGUCUCGCAAUCAGUGCAGCUUUAGUCGAUUUUUUUACUUUAAAUCCGCCUAAGUCAAUCUAACUAUUGAAAAUGAGGAUUCUAAAUAGAAAUUCUCCAAGGCACCGAAAGUAAAGUAGAAGCAACUCAAAGACAAAGAAGAAUGAAUUGAACAGAAAAGUCACAAGAAAACAAUAACACAUUAAGUGUUUGAGAAAAUGCUCUCAAAGUAUUUUAUUAUUUAAGAAUGAAGUGAAGUAAUAAAUGAGAUACAAUGAGAUGAUUACAAAUAAGGGGAAAAACCUGUAUUUAUAGUUGAACUCCCUUAAAUUCAACAAAAAAGUUUAAUUUACAUUGACUGUCGAGAUUGAAGCUAAUCUACAAAUGAGAUUCUUGAAGGAUUCCCACAAUCCUCUAAGAUUACAAAUCAAAUCUUCUAAGAUUAUUUUCCAUAUUUACUUUGACAACCCUAGUUUUUCUUUAAUUGCUUUAUUGGGCUAACAAGACUCUAAGUAGAUGUGUUUUUCCACAUGUUCCACAAAUCGGAUCAGUUUAAGUGAAUCGAAUGAGCUCCAUUUAAUUAAUUGACUUCCAUAGGAUUUUAUAUAUGCAUUCGUCACGGGUUUUGAUCCGCAGCCCGUGACACAUGCAUGUCUUGCAUAUGGUGCAUAACCAGCUAUAAAUAUAGGUUAUUAAAGUGGCUGUGGAUAUUGCUCACUGGAAACUACAUUUUGUGACAAUCUAUUCAUGGAUCCAUGAAGUGGUUCCACAUAACUACGUACCACACUUGAUCAGUACUUUUGCCUUUAUAAGGGUUGAAUCAUUCAGCAAGAUAACGAUAAAGGGUGCAUAUUUUAGGAAGUGAAUUAAGUUUGAGUUUCAGUAGGAGUAACAUUAGGAAACAUGUGGCUUGCAAUUUGUGCACUUGAAACUGUAAAAUUGAGAGAAAAGAAGGCAAAAAAAAAAAAGAAAAGAAAUUUCUUACUGCGUUUAACUAGAACUAUUCUCUUUUUAUAAUUAAGCAUGCUAGCUUUUGAUUAUCGUUGUGUAGUUAAUUUAUCCCUUUAAGAUUGCAUUUCGAGUCCUAAUUUUUUUGGAUUGAAUUGUUGAACAAAGUUUAAUUGAGGAAUUAGUAACUAAAUUCGAAAGCUUGCUUUGUUGUACAACUUUUGGAUUAUCUUACAGCAUAUAAACAUGCUAUACAUACAUAUUAUAUUUCUGGUUAUUUAACUUAAAUGAUCUGACAAACACAUUGAGUCGUGUUCGAAAAUGGAAAAAAAAUUAGACAUAUAUAUACCUAUAUAUUCAUUGAUGAGAACUGAAUAAGAAACCAAGAAACUGAAGCUAGCACAUGAAUUAAGGAAGCCCUUUCUGUCAGUGGGGAUUGAGAACUAAUUUAUUUUAAUACAAGAUGAUGGAUUACAAGCUGCAAAUAUUAAGGGUGAAGUCCAAUUUUGAAGAGAUGGAAUCAGCAGAUGAAACAGGAAUUCAUGUGGUUGAUGACAUUGACGAUCCAGAAAUAAGAGAAGUUGACGCACAACAGCGACGAAUACAAGCAUUUUCUGUUGGUUUGGAGGGAGCAGGUGAUAGGAAAACUAUAGGGACUGUCAUAUAUAAGAGUAUAUACACUGUUAUUUUAUCGAAGAAGUUCAACUUGCUAAUUCCCUUUGGACCUCUAGCAAUCUUUGUCCAGAAAAAGACGAAUCAAAACGGUUGGGUCUUUAUCCUUGGCUUAUUGGGUAUAAUGCCGUUGGCUGAGCGGUUGGGCUAUACUACAGAGCAGUUGGCAUUUUACAGUGGACCUACACUUGGGGGACUUCUGAAUGCUACAUUUGGGAAUGCGACAGAACUUAUUAUAUCGAUUUAUGCGCUACGAACAGGAAGGAUUCGUGUAGUUCAGCUGUCAUUGCUUGGCUCACUUUUGUCCAACUUGUUGUUCGUUCUGGGGAUUGCAUUCUUCUCCGGUGGAAUUGUUAGAAAGGAGCAGGUUUUCAACAAGGCAACUGCUGUUGUGGAUUCGGGACUGCUGUUGAUGGCAGUGAUGGGGCUACUAUUCCCAGCAUCCCUACACAGCACAGGCACUGAAGUGCACUUAGGGGUAUCAGAGUUGGCUCUUUCAAGAGUUAGCAGUUGUGUCCUGCUUCUAGCCUAUGUUGCCUCUAUCAUUUUCCAGUUAAAGAAUAUAAAACAUCUGGAAGGAAAUCAGCAUGGAGAGAUCUUAUAUUCUGAUGACCAAGACCAAGACCAAGACGAAGAAGGAGAAGCAGCUCCUGAAAUUUCUAAAUGGGAAUCAGUGAUCUGGCUUGGAAUUACAGCAGCUGCAAUAUCUAUCCUUUCGGAGUAUCUGGUUGAUGCCAUUGAGGGAACAUCUCUUGCAUGGGGUGUACCAGUUGCUUUCAUUAGUGUUAUCUUGCUUCCAAUAGGAGGAAACACAGCAGCAGUUACUACUUCAGUCAUGUUUGCCAUGAAAGACAAACUUGAUGUGUCCUUGGGAGUGGCAAUAGGGUCAUCAACUCAGAUUUCUAUGUUUAUAAUUCCCUUCUGUGUGGUAGUUGGAUGGAUAUUUGGGCGACCUGUGGACUUGAACUUUCAACUUUUCGAGACAGCAACUCUGUUCAUGACUGUUCUAUUUGUAGCUUUCAUGAUGCAGGAAGGAACUUCUAAUUACUUCAAAGGUCUAAUGCUUCUUUUCUGCUAUGUCUUAGUGGCUGCAAGCUAUUUUGUACAUGAAGACCCUUCCUCCUGAUACAUCCUUACUAGUAAGCAAGCAGCAGGAAUUGAAGCAGUGGUAUUAUGGUAGAAUUCUGAAACCUAGAAAUACAAGAAGACAGAAGUGAAUGUUCAUUUCUAAGCAGUGGAUGCUACGUCUGAUGCAACUAUCAUUUCACUGGAGUUUACUUAGCUGGUGCUUGUUGGUUAAUAUAUAUAUAAUAAUUAAAUUUAGACUUUUAUGUGUAUAAUUAAUUUGAAAUUAAAAUAUAAUUGUACAAAAUAAAAGAUAAAAUAUUUUAUAUUUUUAAAACAAACUUCUCAUUUUCUUCUGAAAAAUUCUUCAGAUUUCUUUAAGUCCCAACUCUUUGAGGUAAAAUAUUUUUGGGUUUUUUUUUUUCCUCAUACCCCUCCACAAAUUUGCUUAAAGUACUUUCUCCCCC